UUCACAAACACACUAACUUAUUUUCAAAGUCCAUCUGUGUUUGAAUUUAACACAUCCAUCCAAGAACAAUAUUUCCAAUAGUUCUCAAAUAACUCUUGUUAAUGAAGAACAAAUAUAAUCCAGUAGACUUUACAGAAACGGCUUCAAGUCUAAUUUCUCAUUUGAAGCCACAUCCAGGAAACUGUUACCGUGAGGUUGCCAAGCAACCAGCGGAGAAUCUGGGAAGUCACUGCACCCGGCCAAGAAAUUGUCUGGCACAUAAUCCACCAUAAAUCCACAACUUGUCAUAUUUGCACUUCAGAUUAAACAAACAAGACACAUUAAUGAAAGAGCUUUAAAAGGCGCUGGAAGGCAGAUUUUGUUGUCCUCUGAACAGAGCCAGGCUAGCUGUUUCCCCUCGUUUCCAGUCUUUAUGCUAAGCUAAGCUAACUGUCUCGGGGCUGUAGCUUCACAGUCAGUAGAGCUGGCGGCUCGAGGCCGGCAUUGCACACCCAAAUCUCUGACCGAACUGUCAUGGUGGAGAUGCAUUGUGGGUAACGGAAGGUUUUAACAUUAAGAGGAGACUGUGGAAUAAAAAGGGCGAUAUAUCUGGUUCUGCCUCAUUGACAAUGUUACAGAAGUAUGAUGCUAAAUCGAUAAGGUGCCCUUUUAAGAUUUCACACCAUAAAAGUUUAUUGUAUAACGGUCGACUUCUGCCCACCUGCUCCGAGGCUCGCUGGGGCAGGAUAUAGCUGUCUAUUAGAAGAGAACUUCAUCUACUCCACUCCCAUUCAAGACAAAAAAAAGGCCACUCUGACAAAUCAGACGUCACAGGCGAGUGGAUGUAUGUGCUCGUUUUUGUCGAUAACACCCUAUUAAGUGGAGGGGACGUGUCAGCGUAGGAGAGGGCCUAAUCCAAUCAGCAGAGUAAUUAAAAACACACAGCACAGCAGCCCUGAUGGCUGAUGGCUGCAUUGUCAGGGACGGCCUUCAGCAUUUAGCACAGGGAGAGGAUAAGCUGUGGUCACGCCAGAGCGAAGGCCAUCACCGCUGCUGUGCAAUUAAUGUAAAAUCACAAUCAAAAAUGAAAAUGCAACAUCUUAUUGUCCACAUGAUUCACAAUCCUCCUUCUCUUCCUCCACCUGUCAUCAUCAUUGAUAUGGCUUUAAUCCACACAUUGCUCAGUGUUUUUUUUUCAUCUGCCUGUAUUGUUUCCUAAUUACUCUCUUCACAGCACUGGCUCUCAUCAUCUUCUCGUUUCAUUUAGCCCGGUUUCUUCCUCAUUAAUUAACACCAUCACCUCACUCCUCCUGCCAGCGUUUUGCUGAGCUCCAGCCAGCAUGCAGUUGGAAAAACAAACCACCAGAUGUCACCCACGCCUCGGUGCCUCCAAUCUGUAUUUUUUUUAUGAUGCCUAAUGAAUUUUGUUUUUGGCACUGUGUCUCACUGGCGCAUAACAGCACAAGGAGCUUUUUUUUUCUUUUUCUUUCUCUCUUUCACGAGAUGAACUCAAAGUCAAUUUUUGCACACGUUUAAGCAUCAAGGAUGCAGCAACAGGAUGCUCCUCCUCUGAUGAUACAUUGCUGAUGCACGUUGUAUGUCCUCGCUCCACGCCUGAUGCAGUUUUCUCUGCUUUAAAGGGUGACUUAGCCAUCCUUCUUUUUGCCUCCGAGGGCCACUCUCCAUCCUGUGUGUGCAGCCGAGCAUGAAUCUGUAGCUCGGAGGAGCGCUCUGGAUGUGUGACAGGCUGCCUAGGAGAGGGGUAAUUCCGAAGGGCAGUAGAAGUAAUAGGGUAAUCUAUUAUACAGUCCAACUCUCUCUUCCUCCUCUCUUGCUGCCCCCCCUCCCUCCCUUCCUCACUCUCCCAGUCUUUCGGUUUUCUCGCUGCCUCUGCCCUUGCAUCAGCAUUUCGUGAGGACAAAUGAGAAGUAGAGUUUAACUAUGCACAUUCCCGAUGCCCUCCUGCAGAGCCCAGCACUUUCGCAAUUAAACUGGAGUCCAUCGCCCACUAUGAUUCAAAGCUCACCCCCCACUGAGGGGCAGCUCACACACACACACACACACACACACUCGCAGACUCACACAGUUCCAGUCUAGCGGUGCGUGACCGUAACCACUCUGGUGUGUUAUCAUAUGUGUAACCAGCUGCCAUAUAUAUAUAUUUGAAACAUGUCGUGCUACACAUGUUAACAAGCCAGUGGGAGAUACAGGAAAGGGAAUGAAAUACAGGGGAUGUGUAUGAAAUGAGUGAGGGUUUUAAACAGUGAUUCAUCUUUUACAAUUCAUAGAAUAAAAGGAGGGAUACAUUAAAUGCAGAGGUGAUUUUUUCCCCCCCAAUAUUUUUUCUAUAAGGUGCCUGUUUUUGAGCUCAGUUUGCACUGAGAGGCAAAAGCAUAUGUAAAACAUUUCAUUUGCAUUCCCUUCUUUUUUCCAUGAGCUACUUUUCUACUUUUUUUCCUGCAUGGAUUCCCUUUUUUUAUCCCACUUUUUCCAAUCAAUUCCCCAUUAGUGUUUAAAAUAGUGUGCAUCAUCUGUUUCUAUUGUCACGAAAAAGGUCAACUCAUGGCGGCAGACCAAUUAAAACCCUCCCUCCUCCACCUCCUGCUCCAUCUUCAACCCCUCUCACCCCCAUCACUGACAUUUUUCCUCUCUUGUGCUCUCCAUUUUAGUCCCACCUCCCAGAGAGACGAGGAGACACACAGAGAGAGAGAGAGAGAGAGAGAGAGAGAGAGAGCCCACAGCAACCAUCAUCUCCUCAUCCUCCUCCUCCUCCUCCUCCUCCCAGCUCCCCAUCUCUUCCAGCACACCCUCACACUCCUUCCCUCUGAUGCCGACUGGAUGCAGACCGAGGGAUUUCCAGCAGCUUCCUGAGUCUGUCCUCCCUCUCCUCCCUCACCUCCCUCCCUCCUCCUCCUUCAACAUCCGGAGCUUCUCCUCUUCUGCCUCCUCUUUUCUCCUGCUCCUCACCACCAGGAUGUGGCACUCGGUGGCUCUGCUCCUCUCUGCUUUGAUCCACGUGUCGUUGCAGGGUCCUCACCAGAGGAACCUGUUAAAGAACCUCCUGAAGGACUACAACCGGAUGGAGCGGCCCGUGGGCAACGACUCCCACCCGCUCACCGUUGUCUUCUCCCUCAGUAUGAUACAGAUCAUGGACGUGGAUGAGAAGAACCAGGUGCUCACCUCUAACAUGUGGCUACGGAUGAGCUGGUUCGACCACUAUCUCCAGUGGAACCAGAGCGAACAUCCCGGAGUGAAAAACCUCCGCUUCACCACAGACCAGGUGUGGACACCAGACAUCCUCCUCUACAACAGUGCAGAUGACGACUUUGACUCCACCUUUAAGACCAAUGUUCUGGUGAACUCCAGCGGCUACGCCGAGUAUCUGCCUCCAGGAAUCUUUAUGAGCACAUGCAACGUGGAUGUUCGCUGGUUCCCUUUUGACAUCCAGAAGUGCGAGCUGAAGUUCGGCUCUUGGACGUAUGACGGCUGGCUGCUGGACCUCCAGAUGAACGACGCUGACAUCUCAGGUUACAUGCCCAAUGGAGAAUGGGACUUAGUUGGAGUCCCCGGCACCAGAAGCGAGGCCUUCUAUGAUUGUUGCAAGGAGCCGUACCCGGAUGUGACGUUCGUUGUGACAAUACGGCGGCGGACGCUCUACUACGCCCUGAACCUGCUCAUUCCCUGUGUGCUGCUGUCUUCGAUGACCCUGCUCAUCUUUGUGCUGCCGGCUGACUCUGGGGAGAAGAUCUCACUGGGUAUCACCGUCUUGCUGUCUCUAACUGUUUUCAUGUUGCUGGUCGCAGAGAUCAUGCCGGCCACAUCUGACUCCGUUCCUCUUAUAGGUCAGUACUUUGCCAGUAUAAUGAUCAUCGUUGGGAUGUCAGUCAUCGCCACAGUGGUGGUUCUGCAGUAUCAUCAUCACGAUCCAAAUGGAGGAAACAUGCCAAAAUGGGUGCAGCUCGUCUUGCUGCAGUGGGUAGCGUGGUUCUUGCGUAUGAAGCGGCCAGGAGAGAAUGACGACCCGGAGCGGCCCCCGUGUGCCCCCCACUUGCGCCGAUGCUCCUCGGGGUCCCAGAGCGGGAGCCUCCCAAAUACUACGGACCCCACCUUCCAUCCGCUGCACCCACAGAACCUGGCUCCUCUCCAAACGGGGCCCCUCCAUGCGGGGCAUCCUCACCUCCACGUCCAGUCCAGCGCCAACAACAACGGGAACCUUCUUUACAUGGGCUACCAGAGCAUGGAGGACCCUUCAAUCCUCUCAGAGCCUCUCCAGAGGAAUAACAUCUCCAUGGGGCCUUCGCGGGUAGCAGGAAGCCCGCCACCUCACCUCCCAUCUCAGUUCUGCAGCUCCCCGCCACCUCCUACCCCCAGUAUGGAUACUGUAGGCUGCCCCAGCACUGUCUCUAGUGGUGGGGGCUUUGGAGGUGGACCCGGGGGGCUUGGAGGGUGCUCGACCGCGGGGAUAGGAGACCCCCAGCUAAAUGCCAUCUUGGAGGAGGUGCGUUACAUGGCAGACCGUUUCCGGGAGCAGGACGAGAACGAGAGCGUGGCCGACCAGUGGAAGUUUGCGGGGGCUGUGAUCGACCGCCUGUGUCUGGUGGCGUUCAGCGUUUUCAACAUCAUAUGCACCAUCUCAAUCCUCAUGUCUGCUCCCAACUUUGUGGAAGCCAUGUCAAAGGACUUCAUUUGAAAGCGAAGAGGAAAAAAAGAGGACGAGAAGCGGGAAGGAAGGGAUGAGGGGAAUUAAAUAUAGGAUGAAGGAUGGAGUGGGCCCGGAUCCAAGGAAACGCAAUUUCCAGCGGACUGUAGGCUCUGUGAUUUGUGAUUGCAAGGAACUUGGAAAUAGAAAAAAAACAAAUGGUUUUCUUUGCAAUACAUUCUGUUUUCUAACUGAAAUAUAAGAAGAAAAUAGAUGAGGAUGGGGGCACAGAGUGACGUUAAAGUGAGAUUAGAGUGAGCAGGGUGCUUUAUCAGAUUCUUGACAAGGUGAAAUGGAUUCUUGUGGUUAAUUCAAAGACUUUCCCCCAGAAAAUUAGGGGAAAGAGUCACACAGAGAUAAAGAAAGAGAAGAUUAUCAGUCCAAUGCAAGCUCAAGUAAUAAAGCUCUUAAAGCAAGGGAGAGAUUGAGAGCGUAAGAGGGGGAAAGAGACAGGCAGAUAGAAAGAGACAGAUAAAUGAGACAGACCUUUGGCUGUUUUCUUGAGGAGGGAAGACAGUCCUUCACUCCCACAUGUUGAGAACGGACUGCAUCAUUUAAGUGAGAGUGAGAGCGCGGGGAGAGGAGAAAAAGACUUUUACGGAACAACAAAAAGCAGUCGUGACGGAACAAGCCUUCACCCCUCGUGACACUGGAUAGGCUUGGUAAACAGCUUGAUGCUCGGAUGUACAAAAGUGGACCGAGGAUCAGGAAGCCGAGAGGGACAGAAGAGGAUCUCAUCUAUUAUUCAAUCACAUCCAUCUAAUGACCGUCAAAUUGAAAGACCUUGGAUAAUCUUUAGGACUAAUAAGCUUUUAAAAGACGAAGUCCCCUCUCUACUUCAUGCGAACCACUUUAAAUUUCCAAGGCCUUAUCUCUUUGAGGCGAUUGCCAAUCUGCAACAAUCAGCUGGGAGAUCAAAAGCUCCACAGCAGCGGGCGUAGUGUGCAGUGCUUAUCACGACCGGGAAACUGAAUUAACCGGUCAUCAACAACGCAAUGGCCAGUAACUGCAGCACAGUGGAGGCUUGAGCCAAUAAUAACUCAUGGAGCACUUUCCUAACUGUAUCUGGCAGGUCCUAAUAGACCAACGGAUCUCAUUGGAUUUCAUAUUAAAGGUUUAAUAACUGAAAUGGGAGGUCAGGUCUUUAAAAGAAUACGAGACGCACAAAAAAGGGAUAAGAUCGUUCAAAAUCCCCAAAUUUAUAUGGAGGCAACAUCCCAUCAAAUUUCUGUCAGAUCCCUUCAGAGGUUUAUAGCUUGGUAAGUGACACAUAUCUGGAAUGAAAGAUGAGAUUUUCAUGGAGCUGUAUUUUCAUGAAAUUGAGUGCAGUUGACAAAGUGUUGAUUCAAAAGGUUUGAAUUCAAAGUGCGGCCUUCAGCCAGCGAGCUUCUGUUGAAAAUGGUAACCAAUAAACAAAAUAUGUCUUUAGUUAGUUUGGGUUUGAGGGAAUUUGACGUGUUUGCUAGCAGUUUGAAUGUGUGUUGAAAGCAAGGUUAGCCUAUAGUUUAGUUUAACUCAUGGAUGUCUAUGGGUUCAAAUGCUAAAGUUUUCCAAGUAUGGCUGUCUGAACUGACUAAAGUACAUGUUGUAUUACGCAAUUUACAAUUAACAGAGAAAUUAGACUAUAUCGAACUUCCAAUCUGCUUUUUUUGUACUUACUAUGGCUGUGUCCAAAAUCAUUCCGGUUUCUUAAUCUCUACAAACAGAUUCUGCGUUCACAUGUAGAAUAUGUAGGCUACGGCACAAGAUUUUGGUCCAGAGUAGUAUUGACCAAUUAUGUUUGAGCAGGUUUUGGUUGAAUGCUGGUAAACAGUCAGUGUGGAGAGCAACGAGUCGGAACGUAUUGACCGAAAUGCAAUCUCGGAACCCACCGGCUAUCGUCUGACGAUGAUUUAGCUAUUUAUUGGUUUCAAAUUAGCUUGUAAACUGGCCACUUGCGAAAUAAUUUGUCAUCUCUCAACUUCAGUCUCGCGUCUCAAGUUGCUAAUGGGAUUGUAAACAAUGAGCAGCGCACGGAAAAGAAAGUCUUGGCCCGGAUAUCCGCUGGCUACAUCAGAACCCAAAAAAUAUAGCCCCUUGCCGCAAGACGCUUAUCCGUCAUCAGACCGAUAGCUGAUGGGUUCCGAGAUUGAGAGUUUCUAAUCCCUAACUCACAGUGGAGUGUCUUUGGCAUGUAACAUUUCGGCAAACAAUCCUACCAUUACAAAGGGAAUAGUGAAAGAGUUCAUAAGGGAAUGAUUUUGGACACAGCCCAAGAUUAUAGGAGAAGGAUGAGUCAUUCAAAAAUAGCUAGAAGCAACAGAAAUCCAGCUGAAAGUGUACAUUUAACCACUCUUCUCAGCUCAGGUAAUUGGCGAGUCUCUCAAUGCUUCGCUGAUUCCAAGAUAGUGUCACAUUCUCUUCAAUAUUAGUUUUAUAGUAUAUAGUAAUAGUUUCAACAACAGGAGUUUUUCUGUAUUUGUGAAAACAGUAGUAUAAAUAGUAGCUUAUUGCGUCAUGCACAUAUAGGUGCCCAGCCUACAUACUGUAGCCCACACACACACACAACAUACUGUAACUGGUGAAAACAAAUGUGUUAGCAUUAAAGCCUGGAUAAAGUGUGCUUUCCUGCAUUUGAAUGGCUGAUACCCGUGAAAUGAGCAAAGCAAGCUGAGCUCACUAUUCAACCACACAUUCAAACUGUAAGCAGAGGCAGAGCCUGACUGUAGUUGGAGAAAUUCCUCAAAAAUCAAACAACCCUUUAAAGGAUAAGGAGUUACUCUGUUUUUCAUAUCGUCAACAAAUCCCGUGAAAAAAAGUAAACCUGCAAUAAGUAACGUUACACUGUCUGUAGCACACGGCGUCAUGUCUAUUAUUUGUUCCUAAUGAACACAUAACCCUUAAAAACAAGUCACAAGCGUAUAGACGAAUCCGGUGAAAUACCUGAAGUAACCAAGUUGCCAUUACUGCGGUGGCAGCUCCCUAGAAUAUGCACACGUUUGAAUGCAAGCUGUCCUAAGAAGUGUACAAUUUGUUCUAUCUAGGGCUACCUAAUGACCACAUAGUAAACAUCAUUAAUUGGUCGGCAUCACAAACAGAACACGUACAAGGUGUCUGCUAACUGUGUUAACUGGUGACUCUCAGCCAAAUGCAUCGUGGUUGCUCGUAGUGACGGCAGCUGUGUCUUCGUAAAAGCCUUCAAUUUGACUUUAAUCCAUUUUAAAUACAUACUCAUCUGUGUUUAUUAUCUACACCGACCAUUUACGUAAGUUACUACAAACAACCAUGGACGCUUUCGGCUCAAAGUCACCAGUUAACACGGUUAGCAGACAGAGUCACUACAACUUGCCACUGCAGUAAUGGCGUCGCCGUUAGAUCGCGGAACACACAAAGUGGUCACUGGAUUCAUCUAGUUUCAUUUAAAAAACUCAAGUCAUUUCCUAAAACAGCUGGGCACUGUAGUUUUUAGCAAACAUUUGUCAAACACGAGUAAAUAGUGCAUUUGUUGGGCACUAUUUUGAUAUUUGGUGCUCUACCGAGUAUUUACAUCAACAUGACGAUGUAUGUAGGAUCGACUCAGUGCCCAUUUUUAUUGCAACAGAGGAACAUUUCACUCUGUACAGCAAUGUGGCUUUUUGAUGUGCUUUGAAUAGUUUUGAAAAACAAUGGAGGACUAUGGCACGGAGGAAUAAACUAUACUCAGAAAACACCUGUUAGUAUCAUAAAUGCAUUGUUGGUUUUGUUAUUCUCGUGGGAUUUGGUGACAAUAUGAAAAAUAUACAAUAUCAGCAGCCUCAUCCUUUAAGAAGUCCAUUAACGUUUGCUUUAUCACAAAGAUCCAACAGGACAAUAUAUAUGUUUACUACAUUCCUCACCUACGCUGUCUCAUCGUUGAACUGCUAAAUAGAGUGUUGAAACAGUUGUACAAAUACUGUAUACUCUAUACCUCUCUUCAUCUUGUCUCCUCUCUCUCUUCCUCUCUAAAGUCAAUCUCCUAGCAGGCAAGGAAAGUAAACUUCCUGCCGGGAGGUUUGUAGAAGGGUGUUUUUUUCCUUCCAGCACAUAUUGACACCUAAACACUCACACCUGUACA